CUUUGUUUUCACUACGACGGAAGUUGUUUAGUCCUUUUUGUGGACAUUGUUUCUUUGAGUAAUUCUAUUGAAAAACUAUAUUGAAAGUGUGUUUAUUUUAAAAAGAAUUCUUCACAUCCAGCAUUGUUCUGGAUAUAAGUGUUUGUAGAUACAUACAUAUCAACUAGUUAUGAGUGAAAUUGGACAUGAAACCAAAGAGGUCGAUUUAACGGCUGCUGGCCGAGGUGUAUGGUUAGUUAAAGUUCCCAAGUAUUUGUCGGAGAAAUGGAGGAAGGCUCCCUGUAGUUGUGAGGUGGGAAAACUGAAGAUCACUAGAUCAAGAAUCAGUGGUUCAAAACCUGAGGUGAUUUUUACAUUGGGUGAGGCUCUCUCUCGCCCUGAAGCUCCACAAAGAACAGAUGAUCCUGCAGGAUUGGGAGUUCCCAAAGAGCACAAGUUUGUACUUACCGCUAUAGGAAAUCAAAAUCUUGUUGUUGUAUCGCAGACACCAACUGCCGAUGUUGAAUUAGGUACCACUGACAAACUUGCAAUCGAGGGCAAAGUGAUCCAACGUGCAGAAUGUCGACCUGUGGCCAAUGACACAUACAUGAAACUGAAACGUUUACAGCUUGUCUCAAAGAAUAAACCAGCACGUCAAGUGAAACAGCUGGAUAUGGUGGUUAACAACUAUAGACCAGUAACAGAGCACUCGUUCAUGAAAGAACAUGAGCAACGAAAGAAAGUUGAAGGCAAGAAUAUCCGUAAGGAGAAGAAUGAAGUUACCGAUAUGCUGUUCAAUGCAUUUGAGCAGCACCAGUACUACAAUGUCAAAGACUUGGUCCGUAUUACCAAACAGCCCAUUAUUUACUUGAAGGAAAUUCUGAAAGAGAUUUGUACAUACAACAUGAAAGCCCCACACAAAAACAUGUGGGAACUGAAGCCCGAGUACAGACACUACAAGGAAAAAACUUGAGCAGAACACUCACUCAUGUAGCUUUAGCUUUCUUUCCUAAUACUCUAUUUCACUUUUAUUCAGUCCAGCAGUGCUGGUCACUACCAUAAACUGCCAAAAUUUCC